GUUCUAAGCCUUGGAAGCUUGUUCUUGGUGACUGGCUUGCUACAUACUACUACUGCUACUACUGCUGCUGCUGCUGCUGCUUUGCCAACUCGUGUGUGUGGGUGCUUGUAGUACGAAUAGUGGGUGACAUGAUGGCGCCCGGGAAACCUCAGGUUAUACAGAAGCAGCAGCGGGAUGAGUCGAGUAGACUGGAUGUCAUCAUUGUCGGUGCUGGCCUCGGGGGCCUCGGGGCAGCCAUAUCGAUUCUACUAGCUGGCCACAACGUCCAUAUCCUCGAGUCUACGCCUGAAAUCGGCGAAAUCGGCGCCGGAAUCCAGUGUCUGCCCAACUCGUCGCGCGUCCUGAUUUCCUGGGGCCUGGAAGAGUACCUCUCCAAACAUGCGACGUCGCCGCGGUUAUGCAACAUGAUUGGGUGGAAGGGCAACAAGAUCAGCGACAUGGAUUUCCAUGAAUAUGAAAAGGAAUGCGGCACGCCGUUUUGGGACUUUCACAGGGCAAAUCUGCACAUGGGGCUGCUGGAGAGAGCCGUGGAGCUGGGCGCGAAGUUGACGACAAACUCUAGAGUCGUGCAUGUCGAGUAUGAGAAUGAUGAGCGGAAUCAGACUACAAGAGCCAUUGCCAUAUGUCAAGACGGCACAAAACAUGCAGCGGAUCUGGUAGUCGGUGCAGACGGCAUCAACUCAAAGUGUCGCGAGAUCCUCCUCGGUCACGAGGAUCCGCCGCUUCUCACAGGCGACCUGGCCUACCGGCUCCUACUCAACACAGAAGACAUGUUGAAAGAUGCGGAGCUACGAGGCUUCGUCCAAGACCCCCAAGUCAACUACUGGAUCGGCCCCGACGCCCACGCAGUCAACUAUGUGCUCCGCGGCGGCAAGCUCUUCAACAUGGUUCUCCUCGUCCCAGACGACAUGCCCGCCGGCGCCAACACACUCGCCGGCAACGUCGAGGAGAUGCGCGCGCUCUACAAAGACUGGGACCCACGCAUCCCCAAGCUGCUCGCCCUCUGCCAAUCCGUCGCAAAAUGGCGCCUGAUGAUCCGCCCGGGCCUCGAUCCCACAUGGUCGCAUUCCUCGGGCGCCUUUACCAUUCUAGGCGAUGCCGCCCACGCCACGCUGCCGUAUCUCGCGUCUGGCGCCGGCAUGUCGCUUGAAGACGGACACGUCCUGGGUUUGUGUCUCGCGCGCAUCAAGGACAAAUCUGCACGUGAAAAGAAGAGGGCACUACAAGUGUACGAGCGGUGUCGGCGCGAGCGCACCGAACGUGUUGUUGACCGCGGAAAUCGCCAGCAGUAUUUGUACCAUGUACACGAUGGCAGCGUCCAGGUUGAGCGUGACCGCUUGCUAACUGCAUUUGGCGAGUUCAAUGGCCAGGGAAGAAUUAUCGCGGAGCAGUAUGAGCAGCGGGGCUUGAGCGUGGGUGAUGAUCCGCUUGCGUGGAGGUGGGGCGGCGUGGGCAGUUGGUUGCUGACGUAUGUGUGUGAGGAGGAUGUUGAGAGGCGGUGGCGAGAGAUGGAAAUGGAGGCUGAGAGGAAAGAGGGGGGUGGAGAGGAGAGUGUUAGGGCUGUGUUGUAG